GCGCCUGCGCCCAUUCUAUUCAAGCCCGAACGGACUGGGAUCAAGGAAAGAAGACAGAACGGGAAGAAGAAGAUCACAGGAACCGAAACAACCUGCGCGAGUGAAAAAGAGAGCAGUAAACCGUUAAAGUCUCGGUUAACCACCUUCAUUUUUGUCGGUAAAAGAUAGUGCUAUGAAAAUGAACCAGUGCGUGCACGGGAUGAUCUAUCUGGCGGUUCUGGUGGCGUUUGCCGCCUGUGACGCCCCUCCGGUACCGUUAGAUGACAUCGUGAUUGAGAAAACGUUCGUGCCGGAGCAGUGCGGGCGCGCUGUGAAAGUAGGGGACUAUGUCCGUUACCACUAUAACGGCAUGUUCCCCGAUGGAAAGAAGUUUGACUCCAGCUAUGACCGCGGUAGCACCUACAAUGUGUAUGUGGGUAAGAAGCAGCUGAUUGAAGGGAUGGACAGAGCUCUGGUAGGGAUGUGUGUCAACGAGAGACGCCUGGUCACCAUCCCCCCACAACUGGCCUAUGGGAAGGAAGGACACGGUGAUGUCAUCCCUUCAGACGCCAUCCUCAAUUUUGACGUUCUGUUGUUGGACGUGUGGAACCCUGACGACGGGGUUCAGAGUGAGACGUACUACACCCCUGACAACUGCUCUAGGAAGGUAGAGGUGUCAGACUACGUACGGUACCACUACAACGGAACACUGCUGGACGGAACACUGUUCGACUCCAGCCACACCCGUUUGCGUACCUACGACACCUACGUGGGGAUUGGCUGGCUGAUCGCUGGCAUGGACCAGGGCCUUCUGGGCAUGUGUGUUGGGGAGAGACGCAUCAUCACCAUGCCCCCUUCGCUAGGAUACGGAUCAAACGGAGAUGGUAGUGAUAUCCCAGGCCAGGCCUCCCUGGUGUUUGAUGUAGUCCUCUUGGACCUCCAUAACCCUAAAGACGGUGUCACAAUAACCAACCAGGACAUACCUCAACCCUGCCUCAGGAAGAGUGUAUCUGGGGACUUUAUCAGAUAUCACUAUAACGGAUCACUACUGGACGGGACCUUCUUCGACUCCAGUUACUCCCGUAACCGUACCUAUGACACGUACGUGGGUAAGGGCUCUUUGAUUGGUGGGAUGGACGAGGGCCUGAUCGGAGUCUGCAUCGGAGAGAGGAGACGCAUCACCGUCCCACCUCACCUCGGAUACGGAGAGGAGGGUACAGGUACUAAGAUCCCAGGUUCUGCUGUCUUGGUGUUUGAUAUCCAUAUCAUAGACUUCCACAACCCAUCAGACAAGGUGGUGAUCACUACCAACUAUAAACCGGAGGUUUGUGAGACGCUGGCUAAGAAAGGAGACUUUGUUAAAUACCACUACAACGCAUCACUAAUGGAUGGAUCCUUCAUCGACUCCACGUAUAACUAUGGGAAGACAUAUAACAUUGUGCUGGGAGCCAACCAGGUGGUCCAAGGGAUGGAGGAGGGGCUGAAAGAGAUGUGUGUUGGAGAGAGAAGACACCUGGUCAUACCUCCUCACCUGGGCUACGGAGAGAGGGGAGUGGCUGGUGAGGUACCGGCCAGUGCUGUCCUGGUCUUCGACAUGGAGAUGAUGGAGAUAGAGGCGGGACUUCCUGAUGGGUACAUGUUCAUCUGGAACGAGGAGGUAUCAGCUGACCUCUUCACUGAGAUGGACGCAGACAAGGACCUACAGGUGUUGGCCUCAGAGUUCUCAGACUAUAUCCUGCGUCAGGUGAAUGAGGGUAAAGGUCGCCUCGCCCCUGGGUUUGACGCAAAUCGCAUCAUCGAGAACAUGUUCUCCAACCAGGACCGUAAUGGCGACGGAAAGAUCACUGAGGAAGAGUUCAAACUGAAGGCCGACGAGACCCCACACGACGAGCUAUAAGACAGACUAGACCCCACAUGACGAGCUAUAAGACAGACCCCACACAACGAGCUAUAAGACAGACUAGACCCCACACAACGAGCUAUAAGACAGACGAGACCCCACAUGACGAGCUAUAAGACAGACUAGACCCCACAUGACGAGCUAUAAGACAGGCCCCACAUGACGAGCUAUUAGACAGACGAGACCCCACACGACGAGCUAUAAGACAGACGAGACCCCACACGGCGAGCUAUAAGACAGACGAGACCCCACACGACGAGCUAUAAGACAGACUAGACCCCACAUGACGAGCUAUAAGACAGACCCCACACAACGAGCUAUAAGACAGACGAGACCCCACAUGACGAGCUAUAAGACAGACGAGACCCCACACGACGAGCUAUAAGACAGACGAGACCCCACACGACGAGCUAUAAGACAGACUAGACCCCACAUGACGAGCUAUAAGACAGACGAGACCCCACACGACGAGCUAUAAGACAGACUAGGCCCCACAUGACGAGCUAUUAGACAGACGAGACCCCACAUGACGAGCUAUAAGACAGACAAGACCCCACACGACGAGCUAUAAGACAGACAAGACCCCACACGACGAGCUAUAAGACAGACUAGACCCCACACGGCGAGCUAUAAGACAGACGAGACCCCACACGACGAGCUAUAAGACAAGACCCCACAUGACGAGCUAUAAGACAGGGAUAGGGUUUAUGAGGGGGCUUAUAUGGUGACAGUAUAAGACAAAGAGAGUGUGUGUGUGUGUGUGUGUGUGUGUGUGUGUGUGUGUGUGUGUGUGUGUGUGUGUGUGUGGGUGUGGGUGUGGGUGUGGGUGUGUGUGUGUGUGUGUGUGUGCGUGCGUGCGUGCGUGUGUGUGUGUGUGUGUGGGUGUGUGUGUCAGACCUGGUUUCAAAUACUAUUUCAAAUAUCUAAAUUACUGUCACAUACACGUACUUUCGAAGUAAGUAUUCAGAUAUAUUUUAUUUGAAAAGACAAGUAGUUUAAUAUUUUAUUGUAUUUGGAAAUAAACUUGGAAAGUAUUUGAAAAUACUCAAAUACACUCCCAUGCAUUUAACUCAAAUACAAUUUGGUAAACUAUUUGCUUUUUCCAAAUAACUAUUAAAAUACUCAAAUAAAAGUACUUGUUUUGGGCUGUGUAUUAGAAAAUACUCAAAUACACAGAAAAAGUAUUUUAAAUACCAGAUACUCAUGUAUUUGAAUGUGUGUGUGUGUGAGUGUGUGUGUGUGUGUUAGGAGGGUGGUGUGGGGGGGGUUGAGAUGAUACAGGGUCAGAUGUAUAGAGAAAACCAAAGAGAGAGAGAGGCAAGUUGUGUUCUGAGUAAUGGGUUGAGUAACAAACAGCACUUUACUUAGCUUCGACCUGUCCAGUCUUCUGUGAGCUGAGUAGUCUGGUGUUGGCAGGGGGAGGGAAUGAGAGAGGACAGUAAGGAAAGCAGGAGGAUGAGGAAGGAAACAAUGGACGUUAAGAGCAUUGGGACAAAGUCCUACAUUUGUGUUAAUAGACGAGCCUGGUUUGUUGUUGAUGAUGAUGUGCUUUUGUUUACCUUCUCUGGCAUCACAGAGUGUGUUUUUUAAAUUUGUAUUUUUGUGAUGAAGAUUCUUGUUCACGUGGUUGGUUUUGUGUUUGUCUCUUUAAUCAGUUUCUUAACUCGUGAGAGAAUAAGUGCCUAUUUUGGAUGUGAUGUAAACUCUCCUCUGUGUUAAGAUGAUCCGAGGAUCUUCCAUGUUUAAAAGUUAAGAGUCGUUGCUCCUGGAUUCUUCUCCGUUCUGUGGGUCAAACUGUUUUUACUUGAUAUAUUGUAUCCCGGUGACAUCACAAACUGCCAUAACUUCACCUAAUAUGUCUUAUAGAGUACAAUUACAGUACUAUUGAAGUACUUGUUGUAACAACAAACACCAUGAUAGAUGAACAGUUAGGUGAUUGCAGAAUUUCUGGUACAGUACUACCAUUCCGUUCUGUCCAGCUGAGCUAACGUGUUUGUGUGUUUUAGUAAAGGUUGGCCGUUGAUUCAGGUGCCAAAACAGUG